AUGCAUGAAAAAAGUACUAAAAAAACCAUACCUGAUAAAAGAUUAACUAAAAAACAAGAAUCAAUUAAAAACAAAUUAUCUAGUGGUAUCAUUAUUGGUAUUAUUCUAACAAUAAUCACUAUUAUACUUCAAUCUAUUGCACUUUUUACACCACAUUGGAAAGAAAUAGCUCCAAAUACACAAUCAUUAUAUGUUGAUGGUGUAGAUGCUCUUAUACGUAAAGAAGUUCUACAUUAUUUUAAUAGUGUACAUCGUUAUAGUCGUCAUUCUUAUGGUUUAUUUCAACGAUGUGAAUAUGUUUUAAAUAAUUCAUCAAUAUAUAAUAAUCAAAAUGAUUUAGAUGAUUUCGUUGUAAAUAAACAACGAAAUAAAUGUACAAAAAAUUUUUUACCUAGAUAUAAUGAUAAUUAUUUUAAUGAAUGUCAUAGUUUACAAUAUUAUCGAUUUUGUACAAAAGCAAGUGUAAAAAAUUUUGAUAUUAAUAAUGAUUAUCUUCAUGCAACGUUUGAUAUAUCAACUUCACCUAUAAAUGUUGAUUCAAAAAUGUCCUGUGAUUGUCAUUAUCCACCUUAUGUUUUAGUUUGUCAAAUAAUUGGAAUAUUAGCAUUAAUAUGUUUACUUCUCACUUGUUUAUUAUUUAUUUUAUUUCCAUUUUUUACUAAUGUACAUUAUCGUCUUAAAAUAAAAUAUUUUGGUAUAUUAUCAUCAUUAUUAUCAAUUGUUCUUUUAACAAUUAAUUUAAUAAUUAUAUAUAAACAUCUUGAAUAUGAAUCAAUUGCAUAUUUAUUAGAUAUUGAAAAACAUUAUAAAUCAACUCAAAUUUAUAAAUUAUCUGAAGAUACAAAAAUUGCUAUUGAUCGAUUUUUAUCAACUAUUAAUGUUCGUAUUGGUUAUUCAACUAUAAUAGCAUGGAUUGCUUUUGGUUUAUCAAUUAUUGAUGGAAUAUUAUUACUAACUACAUGUCAAAUUAAACAUCAUUAUAAUGAAAAAGAAACUUGUAUUAGUUUAAUGUCAUCUCCUGAAAAUGAACAACACUAUGCAACACAUCAAUUUACAUCCGUUCCAAAUGAUUCUCAAACUUUAUCACCACCAAUGUCUGUAAACAAUAAUCGUAAUGAAUUUACAUCAUUGCCUCCAAUUUCACAACAUGAAAAAUAUCCACCACAACCUAAAUUCACUGAACAUGAAGUCUAA